UCACAAAUAUCAUUUAAUUUGUUUGGAUUAUCUUUUCUUUCUUUCGAACAAAAUGAGCAUAACUUACACUAAGGAAAAGGUCAUCGAAGCGUUAGAUAUGCUCAGCAAGGGAAUCAUUCAGCCAGCCGAAGAGUACUUGGACUCCUUUCAGAAAUCGCUUAAUGCUUGGAAUAUAGUUACGGAAAUACUCUACAGCCGACCCUAUCCCGACAUGAAGGUCCUGACCUUCUCCGCCAUUUGUAUAGCCAAGAAGAUUAAGCUGGACUUUGAAGAGCUGAGAACGGCCGAGCUGAUCUCGUUAAGGGAUUUAUUGAUCGAUCUUCUGAAAAAUGCAGCCAUGAUGCCGGAUGGCAAGCCAUUAGUUGUACAAUUGGCAGUAUGCCUGUCGGUUUUGGGUCUUAUGAGUGGUAGUUGGAACCCUGAACUGAGAAAAUUUGUUCGAGAACUAUCCGGAUGGCCCGAACAUGUGAUGGCACUUUUGGAGGUCCUAAAGGUCCUUCCCGAAGAGACUCGGCCCUUGAAUCUCGCGGUAAAUGAAACGGCUUUGGAGUAUAUGAAACAUGAACUACGAUUUCAGUCAAACUAUGUAUUAAAUGUCCUGGAAGAAUUACUAGAGCGGCAGGAUUUACCGAGUCUUGUCUGUCUACCAAAAUGUCUGGAAGUAUGCGGAUCCUGGAUAAAGUUUGGUUUGGUUUCACCCGAUGAUAUGCUGGAACGGAAGCUCUACCAACGGAUCAAUAUAAUUCUAGUUACUCCCCAGGUCGAAGGACAUUUGGAGGCUACGGAAUGCAUAGUGGCCAUGUUGAAACAGUCUUUGGUCAGCGAUUGUCUAGACUCCAAGCUAGCCAAGUUGGUAAUUUCCCUGGAACCGGCCUUAAUACGAUCCACUAGCAAUCUCCAGCUUAUGCAAAACUAUUGUGACAUAUUCGUGAAUCUUUUCAGAACCUUCUUCAAAUUGACCCGAACUGAUCCUACGAAAAUCGAAGAACGAAAAUUAACGAUCAGUCUAUUGCUUCUUAUAGCCGAACAUUGUCCAUUAAAAGUGAUUGAAACGUCCCUAGAAAUGUGGUCUCUGCUGUCAGAAAACAAGAAAGAUCCUCAGAAAACCAUUUAUCAGCCGUAUUUUAUGAAACUUUUAGGCCAUCUUUUCCCUCGACUGCUUUUGCCAGAGAGCUAUGAGUCCAUCGUACCACCAGGACCCUUGGAUAUGCAUCGUUUUCGAGAACCCAUAGCUGAAUUUCUGGGUGAUAUCUGCCAUUUAGUGGAUAUUAAUACCAUGGAUAAGCUUUUUAAUGUAGUUCGAAAUGAGAUGAGCCCCUGGGCGGAGGUGGAAGUUGCUGUUUUCUUUCUGCAACAUUUCAUCAAAAAUUUCAAGGAGAGCCAGACGCAUAUAAUUGUGAAGAUUUUGGAUUCCAUAAAGAACCGGAAACAGACUUUUAUACGCCAGCAAGUUCUUGAGUUGAUCUCAAUACCGAAAACUGUAGAUCUUGAUAUUAUUUGGAGUUUUCUUCUCAACGAACUACGGCAGGAAAGGCCCCUUUUGGCGGCCGUCAAUUGCCGCUUAGAACUUCUAUUGCCCCAUUGGAGUUUUCUAAUAGUUUUGGCUUCUAUGGUAGAUGAGUUCCAUUUGGAAGAGACCGACCGUUAUCAGCUUUUAGUCUUCAUAUGCAAUGUACUCAGACAACUACCGGAAUCAGAUAUCCCAAAAGCUAGAAGUCUUUUAAGUAAGAUAGAGUGGAGGAUGUGCCCUAACCAUGAACUGGCCAACCGCAUUAAUGUGAUUCAGAAUUUGUGA